GACAGUUUUUUAUUUUUUUGUCAAACCUCCUCUUGCCUCACCUGUACGACGUCCAAGGCACUGUCGCUGUAUUUUCAAUAUAUAGAUCUAUUUCUCCUAUCUUCAAAUUUAGAGAAGAUCUACUGCAGGAUUAGUGCUUGAGAAUACGUGACAAUCACCCUAAAGCCGAUCGCCCCGAGCUGUCUGUGCCUAUCUAAUCGAUCUUACAACCACGCGCAAUAUCCAUCGCCAUGGCCCAGGAAAUCCAAAAAGAGAACAAUGACCAUUUGGUCCAGUCGUCUGACCCCGAGCAUCCCGCCAACUUGAUCCCUGAUCUCUGUCGCCGGUUCUACAAUUGGGGCUGGGUCACUGGUACUGGUGGCGGGACUUCCAUUCGUCGCGAUAACCAUAUAUUCAUUGCUCCUUCUGGCGUGCAGAAGGAGAUGAUGAAAUCCGACAACAUCUUUGUCUUGGAAUUCCCUACGCCCAAGUAUCCUCCGUCCGACCGCAAAUAUAUUCGCAAGCCGCUCGACCUGAAGCCCUCGGCAUGCACGCCACUGUUCCUUGCCGCAUUUGAGCGCGGGGCUGGCUGCUGCAUUCACACUCAUUCUCAGUGGGCGGUCCUGGUGACCCUCCUGGUUGAGCGCGAGAAGGGCCCGAACGCCUGCUUCGAAAUUAGCAACAUUGAACAGAUUAAGGGUAUUCCCCGUGGCAAGGGCAAGGGCAUGAUGGGAUUCUACGAUACUCUUCGUAUCCCGAUCAUUGAUAACACCGCGUUUGAGGAAGACCUCACGGGAAGCUUGGAGAAGGCGAUGGAGGAGUACCCUGACACCUAUGCUGUCCUUGUGCGGAGACACGGAAUUUAUGUGUGGGGAGACGACGUCGUCAAAGCCAAGACUCAGUGCGAGAGUCUAGACUACCUGUUCCAGCUUGCUGUUGAGAUGCACAAGCUUGGCCUUCCGUGGGUGAAAGAAACGUAGUUUGAAGGAAUUGUUCGCUGAAAUGCUCAAUUCUUUGUAGUCCAGCAGUUGGAGGUCUUCUGUCUUGGGCCGCACGGCUAUGAUGACGAUACAUAUGAAAUAAACAACUGAUUCACGUGAAAUACUAUAG